GCGUGCAAGGGGAAAGAAGGCCGAGGAGCAGCAAUGAAGCCUGGGGCGAAUAAGAGGAAGGGGGGGAAGGCUAGAGAGGAGCUUGCACAGGACUGUGAUUUGACGUUGAUAGAGAUUGUGAAGACAAAACCGAAGGCGAUUCCCUCUGCUGUGGAGCGGUGGCUUAAGGAGUACGAAGCUGACCCCCAUGCUGGGUUACUGAAGCUGGUCAGGUUCCUGUUUGAGUCCUGCGGCGUGACUGCUGACAUCGUCAGAGAUGGGGAGAGAGUGGAUGAAGCAGACGUCGACGAGCUGGUUCGGCAUGCAGUUGAAUAUGCAAAAGACGGCAAUGUGGUGGACAACUUCUCGAGAAAGGACAAAGCGUUUUCGGGAGGCCAGUUCAAGCAGGACAUCCUCUCCUUCUGGGAUUGUCUUGUGCGUACUUGCCAGGAUGGAAUGCUGUAUGAUGGGAGGUUGUUGAGGAAGUGUAUGGACUUCGUGAUCGCGUUGUCGUGCACGUCGCCUCGACCGUUUCGCACUGCGGCAACCACAAUUGGUCUGCAACUGGUCACUUCUCUCGUUGGUGUGGCACGGACGCUUUGCGAGUCCCGGCAGACGAUGCAGCGGCAGCUGAAUGCAGAGAAGCGGAAGCGGAAGGAAGGUCCGAGGAUCGAGGCUCUGAACAAGGGCCUGAGUGAGACGCACACGAAGAUCACCAUGGUGGAAGAGAUGAUGAGGAAGAUCGUGACGGGGGUGUUUGUGCACAGGUAUCGCGAUGUCGAUGCGGAGAUCCGCGUGGCCUGCAUAUCGUCCAUCGGUCGGUGGGUUGCGGAAUACGCCUCACUCUUUCUUCAAGAUCUGUAUUUGAAGUACAUUGGGUGGACAUUGAAUGACAAGGUAGCUGAUGUGAGAGAGAGCUCUGUGUCUGCGCUUUGCAGGCUUUAUGCUGCGGAAGAUAACAUACCUGCGCUGGGUCUCUUCACGGAGCGGUUCAGCGAGCGAAUGGUGGAGCUCGCAGAUGACAUCAACACUGUGGUUGCGGUGAAGGCGAUCGGUCUCUUGAAUGCGCUUUUGCGCCAUCAACUCCUUGGCGAAGAGCAAAUCUCGCAGCUUUUCGAGCUCCUUGUCGAUGAGUCGCCGCAGAUACGUCAUGCCGUUGGGGAGUUGGUGUAUGAACACUUCGUUGAGCGGGAUGCAUCGUUGGGUGCAGAUGAUGAUCGGUCGACGCCUGCAGGCAAGGAAGGGAAACAGCGUCCGGAGGCCCAGAUCCACAGGCUGCUGCGGAUCAUGUCAGAGUAUUCUGACAGCGAGGUGCUGUGCGACUACGUGAUUGAUGCCCUCUGGGAGCACAUGGCUGCGAUGCAAGACUGGAAAUGCAUCUCAGAGCUCCUGCUAGAUGACAAACCGGAGGACGACCUUUCGGCCGAGGACUCUGCGAACCUUCUGAGAGUUCUCCGAGGUUCUGUCAAGCGAGCGGUGGGGAAGAAGAUUGUGCCCGUCCCGCGGAGCGAAACGCGCCGAUUGAUCGUUUCCAAGGCACAGAAAGACGCGCAAGAUGUGGCGUGUACUAAGUUCACAGGGGUGCUGAUGAAAGCACUCCCACAGUUGUUGAGGAAGUACUUGGCUGAUAAGGACAAGCUGCUCAACAUUGUGGACAUGGUGCCGCAAUUGGACUUGACGCUCUUCUCCUUGAAAAGACAAGAGAGCUGUUUCGGAGAGCUGUUGCAGCUCCUGAAAGAUGCGUUCUUCAAGCAUUCAGGAACGGAGUUCUUCCAGGGCUGCUUGAAGGCGCUGAUGUAUUGCUCGAAGGAGGGGAAAGCAGAGCUGAAGGACAUGGCUGCACACGUACUGAAUGCAAUGAUGGCAGAGCUCCACGAUCGACUGAAGGAUGGCGUCAUGAAAAUUAUCAAUAUGGAUGAGUGGGGAGAAGAGAACUACUCCCUCAUGACCUGUCUUCAGCGCCUCAAGGUGUUCCAGAACAUCGUGGAUGUGGGAAGGGACAACAAGGACGAUAUCUCUGACCUGCUUUUGAUGCUGCUGGAGGAAUGCAGUGGGGAGCUACCUGAGGAGGUUGUAUGUCUCUCUCUGUCGAACCUUUGGUUGAGAGUCCUUGCAAGCCUUGCGGAUAUCGAUGUGGAGAACCCUGACGGCGAUGCGAUGGACGCUCUGCUUGGCCUUCGAGACAAAUUCCUCCAGCAAAUCGAGGCAGUCGCGAAUCGCCUCGUUACGGACUGGACUGGGGAGAAGUCGAAGGCAAUUCUUGCGACAACCGUUUGCGAGCUGUAUUCUGACAUCUGGACAGCAUUCUGUGCACGAAAGCUCAAAGGGACUCUUCUUGAGCGGGCGGGCUACGAGCCAUCGGAGCAGAUCGUUGCCAGCUUCUGGACACUCUGCCAGUGUCUCUUGAGGUUGGAAGAACGACGCGGUGGAGAGGGGUACACCGUUGGUGAAGAGCCGCUGCCGAGUAGAGAGCACGUCAUGUCGAUUGCUGCAAAGCUGGUUGCCUGCAACGUCGUUCCAGCGACCUAUAAGUUGGGGCAGGAAGCCAUUGCCUGCUAUGCGCUGUACGGGAAAGAAGUGACGGAGGUAGUUAAGCUUCUUUGUGGGGUGGUCAGGAAGUAUUAUCGACCUGAAGAGCAGGUCAAACUCUUUCUUGGAGCUCUGAUAACUGCGUACGAACACCACUUAUUAGAGGUUAUGGGGGAUGAAGACCAUGGGGAUCUUGAAACCAGGGAGUCGUUCCUCGCUUGCAAGGACCUGGCGGGCCGAUUCUCGCUGAUUUACAGUGGGUUUGCCAUGGCGUCGUCCCGGGCAACACUGGAUGGGAUCGUCAAACAAGGAAUGGAUUAUGCCUUUGCAGAUGUGCCAUCGAGGUUGUCCUUUCUGCAAGGGUGUUUGGCACCCUUCCUGGGGAGAUUGCCCAUCGGGGAUGUGAGGGAAAUUUUGGCAACGGCGGAGAGAAGGGUGGAGGGCAUUAAUACCGACGAAGACCCUAACUCGUGGCGUCCUUUCUAUACUUUCAUUUCGCAAGCACGAGAUAGAUGUUCACGAGGCGAACCGCACGCGGAGGACCGAGGACGUGGGCAGGUCAGACUGGGGAAGAGGAGGAGAGGUCUCACAAGAGGCAAAGGCCGAAAACUCGAGUUUGGCGAGGAUGCGAGCGACGAGGAGGAGCGCUCACACCAAAGCACUCAUGAUGGUGAGGAGGAGGAAGAGGAGGAGGAGGAGGAGGAAGAGGGGAAUGGAGAGGACGAGGAAAGCACUCCUCUGAGCGAUGUGCGGAAAACGCGAAGAUCACGCUUUGCACCAACGCCUAUGCCUGGGAGCAGCAGAGAAGCUGGGCAAGAUCAACUGCAGAGGAGCACUGGUUCGUUGGCUAUGGCCGGGCGAGAAAGAGAGGAGGUGCGCACCGAUGUCCGAGCUCCAGCAUGUGCUCCACAGGUUGCCGGCUCCUUUACAUCUGAAGAUAGGGGUAGGAAUGAGGAAAGAGUAGAGCAUUCGUCGAGGCAAGAAGAGGUUGUGCGGCCAGUGCUACGUAGCGCCCCAGAUGGAGAUGAGCAGAGAACAACUCAUGAACACCCAACGGCUAGCGACAGUUCCGCCAGGCAGGAGGCGGGUGCAGGUCCAGGAGGUCAGGCGCAACCUGAACAGAGGGCCUAUCGAAGGAAAAGGAGCGUAUCGAUUAUGCAUGAUCCUGAUGGGAGAGAAACAGAUGGAGGGAGUGAGAGCCGACAUGGGACAGAGGACACAGCCAACGAUAGACCAGAGGAUUCGGAUGACUGGUUCCACGUACGAAAGCGGCUCAGAACGGAGGGCCCGGUGCUUGAAGGCGGAGUCGAGGGCCAGGUUAGCGGGAGCGUGGGCAAGGCAGGCAAUGAGGAAGAGGAAAGCGUGGGAGACGGUAGGAAUAGGAAUGAUGAGAGGCAGGAAAGGAUGCAGUAUGGCAUAGGGAGCUGGGAAGCAACGGACGCUGCGGGCCAUAUUAAUGACGCGGAUGCUGGCAUUAUGGAUGAAAGAUGCGCUCAACAAGGUCCUGAGCAAUUGCCACUGAACAUGAGAUCUAUGGGGAUGGAGGCAGCGUAUGGCGUUUCGGACCUUGAUCCUUCAGAGAAGGGCUUGUGGUGGGAUGAUGAUGACGAUCUGCUUAAUGUGCAGACGAGCCAUCCGAUGGAAGAAAGGUCUAAAUUUUCCAUGAUGCAGCCUGCACCAGGGAUGCGGUCAGAAUCGGAGGAGAGAGAGGAAGAGGCUCGAGCGCAAUCGGAUGCUCCUCCUGGUGCUGAUGCUGAAGAUGAUGACGAGGAAGAGGAUCCAGUUCCUCUCAAACGACUGAGGCGCUUCUGAUGACAUCUACCUUGAUAUGAUCGGGCUAUGCACUGCACAUCCUUGGGCAGUUCAUUUGUAUAGGGAAGCUUCUGCCGUGGCUGAUUGAAGAUCCAAGGGGCAAUGAUGGUGGUUCAUUUGUGUAGGAAAGAUUUUGGUGUGGCCCAUUGGGGAUCCAAGGGGCAACGGUGUCGGUUCAUUUGGCAGCUCAUUUUUGUAGGGAAGGUUUUGGUGUGGUCGGUCGAUUGGGGAUGCAAGGGGCAGUGAUGGCAGUUCAUCUGUGUAGGGAAGAUUUUGGUGUGGCUGACUGGGGAUCCGAGGCGCAAUUAUGGCGGUUCAUUUGGGCUGCGGUUCGAAGUGUUGCCCUGCGUCACACCCCUCUUGCAAUUGCUUCCUUCCAUGUGUGUCUUUACCUAUCUGCUAGUCAUUGGCUACGCUUUGGUCCUGCUGGUGGGUGUUGUACUUGUCCUGUACAUUAAUAUGUAGGCAUGAUGAACAUUGAGCGUGUUCGGAGGUCAGAUACGUACAAAAUCCCCCCCCCUUGUUUUACCCCCUGAAACCGGGGAGUUGCGUGAACGGUGUGAGCGGUGCAUUGUCUUCUUCCUUCACAUCAACUUAACAGCAUGUCAAUCUUGGUAGUUGAAACAGAUCCUACAUUUAUUAACCCAUUAGCACCGUCAGAACGGGGAGAUGAGAGGAGAUCGUUUCGUGUUUUGUCUAUGUGCCAAGUCGAAACAGACACAAUCAGUCGGGAUAUUUCGAACAGAUCAAAGGUGUAGGUAACUGUAUAGAUUGCGGUAUAGGGGUAGGAUACGAGAUUCUGCAGGCUGUCAGGCGGCUCACCCUCCUAAUGAGCCAUUGAGAGUCUGAUGUACGUUCAUAUAACGGUCUGUCACAUCCCCCCCCUCUCCUUUUUGGCCCUUCAAAUUUUUUUUUUUGCCCGUCUUUACCUUUUUUUGCCCUUUUGUAAUCUGUUUUUACCUGUUGUUUGCCCUUCUGUCGAUUGUUCGUUGGGCAGUUGUGUGUGACAAUAGACAUGCCCCAUUUUCG